AUGGACAAAUAUCCUCCCUCCCUCGAGUCGCUCCAGAGGGAGGUCAGUGAACUCACAGCCAUAUACCAUGGCCGACGCUGGACGACCGAAGCAACAGACCUGGAGUCAGCAAUGACGACAGCGGGGAAUCAGGUACUCGCGGCAGAUACGAAUUCCGACGCAAUAACAACAACGCUCGAAGAGCUAUCCGCAUGUGUGAAGAUAUGGCUGCAGGCCAAAUCAUGGGUUGUUGCCGAAGAUCUAGCCAUUUUGGUGCUGGACUCCUGCGAGAACCUGAAGGGAGAGCGAGACUUAAUGACUAUGACAGCGAUGCACAAUCUCGCUUCAGCGUAUUGGGGCCGAGGGCAGCUGGAUCAGGCUGCUGCUCUCGGUGCCCGGGUGACCAGACUGAGACAAGAGAUUCUCGGCGAGACGCAUCCCCAGACGUUGACUUCGAUGACGAAUCUAGCUUCCACGUAUCGGAGCCAAGGGCUUUGGGAUGAUGCUCAGGGGCUUGAUUCGAGGAUUCUCGAGAUGAAGAAGAAAACACUUGGUCCGAGCCAUCCAUCCACCUUGGGCUCGAUGUCUAAUUUGGCUAUAUCGUAUGCCAAUCUCGGUCGCCGAUGCCUCGCUGUUAAACUGGAAACUUACUCUGGCAUCGACAUAUCGAGACCAGGGAGGCUAGCCGACGCUGAAAAGUUAGAACGGGAUGUUGUCGAUGUUAGUCGGGAGGAACUUGGGACAGAUAAUCCCUUCACCUUGACCGCUAUGGCCAACCUUGCAUCCACAUUCCGCGAUCAAGGCCGAUGGACGGAUGCUGAGCGCCUUGAAAAAGAAGUCGUGACUAGCAGCGAAGCCGUGCUCGGCGAAACCCACCCCCGAACCCUCAUGUCCAUCAGUAACCUUGCCUCAACAUAUCGCAAUCAGGGUCGGCUCGAAGAAGCCAAAGAUCUCGGGGGAAAGCAACAGCUGUGA